AUGGCGGCCGAAGCAGCUCCAGUCCUGAGCCUUGAAGGUCAGCAAAACGAGGAAUAUAUCGACUAUUCAGAGGACGAGUCGGCAGCCCCUGCCGUUGUCACAGAAGACUCCAACCACACCUCAUUUUCCGCCAACGCGCAUUUUGUCGCUGACGAAGUGGAGUACACCGAAAAGAGUAUCUUGGAGCCGGAUCAUCAGACCAUCGACCUACAGGUCGAUGCCGAGAUCGAUGCCAUCUCUGUAACCGCGGAUGCACCACCACAGCGCGGUGACCUAGACUCCACUGCUGGGCUUGAUAUUGAAGGCGUUCAUUCUGUUAGCGCACUAGAAGCUGAAGACUCUUACGUAAAUGAAGAUGAAUCCCUUGCCGACGCCGAAGUUGCCGAACCUGAAGAUGGCUUGAUCGUUGAGAAUGAGAUCAGUUGGGAAGACGGGCCUGUCAAUGAGGAAGACGCAGCUCAGGAAGACAGCAACCAGGACGAGAAUCACAUCGCCCUUGACAAAGAUGAAUGGCAACUGGUGGAAGAGAGAGAGGGUAUCCCACAAGACGGCAAGAGCCCCGCCAAGAGUGCAGGGGAAUAUGAAACGGAAGCCCACGAAAUCGACCAAGAGCUUGCGGACUCUUCGAAUGAUACAAAAAACGUGGACACAAACCCGGAUGCGGUUGACAUUACCAAUGUUGAUGUUGACCUAGAUGAGCAGGAAGCUGCCGAACCCCAAGACGCGGAAGUCAAUGACGAGCGCAAGAUAGACUUCCACGAGGGCGACAGCGUGGCAACCGCCGAUGGCAUAGUGGAUACCAGUGAUACGCAGUUAGAGCGUCCUUCAGACUAUCAAGAGACCGACGACAAUUUCUCGACAGAACAGGAUGCUGAGCAUCAUACCAUAGGCGAAGAUACCGAGUCGCAGCCCAAGCGAGAGGUUGAAAGCGACAUGGCCGCUACCGGUGCUGACCAGAUCAAUGACGAGGAGACUCAAGGUGGGCUUAUCGAAGCCGAAGACUUCGAUGCAGUUGGUGAAGACUUGUCUGUCCACGAGCACGUGGAGUUUGAUGACGAAGUCCUUGACGAUGCGCGAUCGUCCAUUUCGGUUGAGACGCCGGCUCAGGAAGAGUUGGAAAUUCCCGAUGUCACUGUCUCGUACAAAGGCAUCGACUAUCCCUUCUUCUACGGUUCCCCGGACAGUCAAGGCAAGGAGUGUUUCUUCAAUGACUUGUCUCUUUUGCACUGCAAAAUGGAGGGCGUGUUGGCAGGCUUCCGUCAAGAGCUUGCCAAUGAAAUAGGCCCUUUUGACGAACUUGUGUUCCAAAUUGACGAGCUUGGCCUUGAGUUUGCCGAAUCCAGCCAAGCAGAGGUCUUCUCGGACAUCACUUUGGGUCAGAUCAUUUCCGUAUUUGACUCAUUGGUCAAGAACCAGGAUGCUGAUGCAUCCAAACCCCUCUAUGCAUAUUUGACAACGCGGCCUAACUGCAAGAAGCGCUGGCUCUCACUCGUUGAUGAUGCCUAUAACGGCAAAGGCCUUGAUGAAAUUAGCUAUUAUUUCGCGUCGCGGGCGCAGAGCGAGGCGCCCGAGAUCAUGGACGAUGAACCUGACCUGAUAGGAGAAGAAGACAACGCUGAUGCUGCUGCAUGGCCGCAAUCUCCCGCAGACAGCGGGCAUGGUGAGCACAACUACAAUGAGGCCCAUAGCGAACAUGCGGAUAUCAACGAAGACGACGAUGUGGGCGAUGGUAUAACCGGCGAAGACGAUACACAGUCGCAGAACGCAACUGAGAAUGCUUCCUCCCAACCGGAUGAGAGCGCUGUUCCAGUGCCGGAUACCGAGGCCACCAUGUUUGAUACCGAGGCUUCUCUGAUGGACGAAUCCACCGCAGUUGCCGACAUUAGCACUGUCGAAGAUGCCGACGUGGAAGAUGCAACGGAGGAUCAGCAGCCCCAAGAGCACGGGGAGGCAGACGCUGACGCCCAAACCCAAGCUCCAGAGAUCAAUGAACCCAACCCACUCGCCUGGGAAACGCAAGAAGCAGUUGCUCUCAGCACUACUGCUGACGCACAUGACAUAUUUUACGACGAAGAUACUGCAGUAAUUGCAGAUCAGAUCGUCGACGGCGUCACUGAAACCUCCGCAGAAAAGGUAACUCCUAAUACCAGUGCCACGUCGACCUUGAACGGCGACGAAGAGGUCACCUACGAGAAUGAGCUUGAUCUCAACGCCGACCUACCUGAAAACGAGGACGUUGGAGCUGAGGUUGUUGCCCAGAACGAAGGGCUGGCGGAGAUUGACUGGAGAGAAUUCUCCGGGCAAGGGGAUGAUGAGAUUGCCGUAGAGUCCCCUUUGGCCUCUGGCAAACGCCAGAGGUCGGAUGUGGACGACCUGCUGGAUGAAGAAGCUCAACAAGACGUCAAGCGUCGUCGGUCAUAA